AACGAACCAGCUAUAAAUUUGUAUCAUAAACUAUUUGGAUUACGCCGCUUCAAAGUUUGCCUAGAUCGACUUCGACUCCUGGCGUGCCAAACUUCCUUGAAUCUUCAAUGGAGCUUUUCAGUUUGUCACAAAUCGAACACAGGCGAAGCAGCGGCUGCGUAAGUCAGCGGCGAGCUGUAGGCGAAAGGAGCUGCGAGCGGAGCGGCGGCAUACUUGGCGAAGACUGGAGCAGCAGCAAUCACUGGUGCAGUGGCGAUGCCAUUGUAGUUGCGGGCAAACACCUGGCUGCUGGUAGCAGUCACAUAAGGAGCUGGAGCUGCAACCACUGCAGCAGGAGCAGCAGCUACAAUUGGAGCGCUAUAAGCCAACUGCUCGCCCAGGAGAAAACCCGGCUUGGCAGAAGCACAGGCGAUGAUUGCGAGGAUAACAAUGGUCGUUGUCAUCUUUGCCAUCUUCGUCUGUGCUGCAGCUGGGACUGGUCUUUUUGAGGGGCAGUUAACUUAUACUGCUCCAACUGUGGCUGCUACUCCGGAUGCAGCUGUCGUAACUCCUGCCCCAUGUGCGACUGCAACCGGUAGCCAGCUGUUUGCUUGUGACUAUAAUGUCAUCGCUCCUGAACCAGUGGUUGCUGCUGCUCCUGGGAUUCAGUUCUGGUUUUGGAAUAUGGAGAAAAAAUAAUAUAAAUAUGAAAAUCAUUAAA